CAGCGCCUCUAAUCAAUGGAAGAAUGAAAAAGUAGGUUUUAGCCAUGAGCGUAAAUAAAGUGGCAAAUAUAGCACGUAAAACGGAGACACUUACCUAUUUAUUAGGUGUAUGUGUACCUUCAAGGAAACAAAAUGUUGCUAAAAUAAGAGUACGUCAAUUAAAAUUUGAUGAUUACAUUAACAUGUAUUUUACUGAACAUAAAUUUAUUUUUGCUGCUGACCCUGAAAAACGUUGCAAAACUGGAGAUACGGUUUUAAUACAGAAUUUGCCAGAGAAAUUAACACGUAUCAUUACCCAUAAGGUGGUUGAUGUUAUUUACCCAUUAGGAGAUGUUACUGAUCCUAUAACCGGCAAAAAAGUUGUUGCUGGAAAAUAUAGGGAUACUAUAAUGGAAGAUGCUGAAGAAUUUGGAAAAUUACCAUCGACAUUUGAUUUUACUAAUCCAGGAAAGAGAGGACGUACUGAAAAUGUACGAGACAUUACAAGCAAAACCACUUACAUGAAGUAUAAGUAUGAUCCAAAUGAUGAUGAUCCAUAUGCAAUAGACCCCAAAUAAAUUAAUAAGUUAUUAAUUAGGUUUGCUAGCAACUUAUAAAUAAAAGAAUAUUUUGAAACAAAUAUUAUGCAUU